AUGACGGCGCACAGAAGCGGAGGAGCGCAGCCCAACUCAGACAUGCUCAGUUCAAAGUCCUCAGCUUCACCAAGAGCCCGCCGCGUUUACCUCGACGCCAGUGACGCCGUCUCCAGCGAGGAGCGUGUGGUGCCAGACACGGGAGGUGUAAUCACCUACAUCAGCUUGUUAAGCUCUGCCUCCAGCCCAGAGUCCUACCACAGUGACUCCUCCAACAGCAACUACCAGCCAUCCUCACCUGUGCGAGGCUCCUCCCGCAGCCACAGCCAGCUGAUUCAGCCAGCUAACCAUUCUCUCACCACCGGAGGCCACCACCUGCCAGGGACUCAGAAAACUGGUCACUCCUUGUCCUCAGGAAAAUGUGGCGUAUCAAAAAGCAACGGCCUGGUGCUGCUGUGUAAGGUCUGUGGGGAUGUGGCCUCCGGUUUCCACUACGGAGUCCAUGCCUGCGAGGGCUGCAAGGGCUUUUUCAGGAGGAGCAUCCAGCAGAACAUCCAGUAUAAGACGUGCCUUAAGAACGAGAGCUGCCCCAUCAUGAGAAUGAACAGAAACCGGUGCCAGCAGUGCCGCUUUAAGAAAUGCCUCCUGCUGGGAAUGUCCAGAGACUCUGUACGUUUUGGCCGGAUCCCUAAGCGAGAGAAACAGCGCAUGCUGCUGGAGAUGCAGAGUGCCAUGAACACAAUGAUGAACAACAGCCAGCUGCAGGAUCAUCUGCACCACGACCAGGAGCUGUCCAUCAACGUUGCACCGCCAACCAGUGCUGCCAAGCCUACUUGUGGGGACACCAGCCCCACCCCUUCAUCUUCAUCACACUCCAGUUCUAACCCAGACCCUUCCGGGUCCAUGGACACCAGCUCUAGCUCGGCCUCUCCCAGCGUUUCAGAAAGCAGCGAGGAGGAGGUGAUUGGCUCUGUGACCAGAGUCCAUCAGGAGACCUUCAUGUACAACCAGGAGCAGAGCAGGCUGCUGGCUGGGACAGCACCAAGCGCCUUGAGUUGCACCUUGAUAAAAACCAGCACCAGUCAAGAGGAGCGUGAUGCCAGGAACCACCAAAACAACUCUGGAACAAUAGUGGGUCAAAACCUGCCCUUCAAACUAGACCAUGCUCCCCAGCAGGAGGACGUCAUCUCCAGACAGUGGGCAUUCAGACUGUCCCAAAGCACCGCUGCCAGCCACAGCCCAGCAUACGUCCAUGGUGCCAGAGGAGCCUACAGCCAGCCUGUGUGCAGGGGAGGCAGCAGGACGUAUCUGGUUUGUCCAAUGAACACGUCUCCUCACGUGGAUCUUCAUAAGUCUGGACCUGAGGUGUGGGAGGAGUUUUCCCACAGCUUCACACCCGCCGUCAGGGAGGUGGUGGAAUUUGCCAAGAAGAUCCCAGGCUUCAGAGACCUGUCGCAGCAUGACCAGGUCAGCUUGCUGAUGGCCGGCACCUUUGAGGUAUUGGUUGUUUGCUUUGCUUCACUGUUUAACACGAAGGAGCGCACCGUCACAUUCUUGGGGGGGAACAAGUACAGUGUGGACGCACUGAAGGCGAUGGGCUCCGGUGAUCUCCUCAACUCUGUGUUGGACUUCACUGAAAAGUUGAUGAACCUGGGCCUUAAUGAAGAGGAGAUGAGUCUCUUCACUGCUGUGGUUCUUGUCUCUGCUGAUCGCUCUGGAAUCGAGAAUGCGAACUCUGUGGAGGCACUGCAGGAAAUGCUGAUCCGUGCCCUGCGCAGCCUCAUCACUCGGAACCACCCGAACGAGUCGGCCGUCUUCACCAAGCUGCUGCUCAAGCUGCCUGACCUGCGCUCACUCAACAACUUGCACUCUGAACAGCUGCUGGCCUUCAAAGUCCAUUCCUGA